UGCUGACAUGCUUUUCAAAAAAAGAAACAGCUUAAAAAUACACAUUUGGACUCUGUAAAGAAGACCGAUAUGGCCAUGUAUACGAAAAGCAGAGGGAAAAUGGUCCCUCUGGAAGAAGAUCACUUGACGUCAGUAACUUCAAAUCAGUUCCUCGGCGCAUUUGCGCCAUUUCCGCGUUUCGCUUGGAUUCAUCCAAACGCACCGAGGGACAGCUAUGAUAUGGUGUGCAAAAUUGUCUGGAGCAAAGCUACCCAGGUGAAACCGGGAAGAGGUCAAAGUUCACUGGAAAUCCAAGCUAGUAAAGACGACACUCCUUCAGUCAUAAUGUCAAGUGACAGGGCUGAGAAGCAGCAAGAAGACACAGAUGAUUACACGCACUAUGAGGAGGACAAGAAGCAAUACCACACUGACUUCACCCUUCCUUGUCCUUAUCUCUCGGGCCGCAGACAUCACGGCCUAUCCAACCCCGCACGGGUGCUGAGCCCUGUGCUGGAAGUGGAGAUGAGGCAAAUUAAGGAAGAGGCGGGUGGAAAAAUAAAGUCGUAUUUUCCAUUGUUUUUGAUUUCGCAGUCCUGUCGGGAGAGGGAUGUGCAAGAUAAACAAAGGAGUGUUGAAAACUCUCUUCAGAAGAUGCAGGUCUCUCAAUCCAGCAGAACAGGCACACAGAGCUCAGUACCUGCACCUCAACAUCUGGUGACAAAUCCUGUCUGCUUUGAAGGCCACACCCCACACCUGCCAGACAGAGAAGGUUCUCUACACCCUUCUAAACUACCCGGGGAUGAAUGUGGAAGCAAGAAAGAGCAGAAUGCAAGUAGGGGCUCAGACAGCUACUCUAGUGAUGAGAGUGAUGCUGUUAGUCUACCGGGGGUGCAAAGUUGUGCCAGCGACAGCAGCAAUAAUGACUCAGUGGUUAGUGCAAAAGUGGUGAAGAAAAAGGAAAUUCCAAGCUCAUCUGUUGAGCUAAGCUGCGACAAUGAGCAGGAUUCCUUUUUUACAGCUGAUGAAGACUUUCCUGCUCUCACCACCAUCAACGCUGGCAUUCCGCUAUCUCUCACAGGGCCUCCAGCCUUGGGGAAGAUAAAAAGCCAGUGGGAGAUUCCCCUUUCAUUCCACCCACAUGACAUACCCACUGUCACGUUGGCAAGUGGCGUGAAUGACCCUGUGCAGGCUCCCAUCCAAGGCAAACCAGAAGCACCUGAGGCAAACUCAAAAACCAAAGCACCUCUUCCAGUGCAGGAAGAGGCUUAUGACCUCUUGGCUGACUUCCCAGCCCUCCAACCCCCAAAGAACCCUUUAGCGCUUGGUGGAUUGCGUCAGAGGAAUCCCAAGACCAACGAUGCAAAGGGGAAAGGAGUUCUCAUUUCUACUCCAAGCCACUGCCAAAGCUGUAGGGGUUCCCAUGAGAGGAGAUUGGAAAAUUCGCCCCACGAGGUCUCCUCCAUCUGUGCAGGAGAUCAGAAAUCUGUGCUGGACCUUCAAACAUUUGGCACAGUCCGCCAUCGCAACUCUCCCACCAUCAGCUGUGAGCAACGGAAGGCCAACAAGCAGCCGCCGCCUAGAGUUGCAGGUGCAGAUGGCGUGGGUGUCAGUGCCAGGUCCUGGGCUAAUGCUGCCAAGGCAGGCAUGAAGCAAGCAGCUGCCCCUCAGGAGAAAGCCAGACCUGCUACCUUUCAGCAGAUAGUUACCAUUAACAAAGCCAAAGCUGAAUAUGGUGCUACUCCAAAAAUCAACAAGAAAGCAACAGUUUUCCAUCCAGGAUCAAAUCAGAAGGUGAUAACCUUGAAACAGUGCUGCUUUCACCCCUGCAACCAAAUCCACUUUGUCAGAUUUUGCAACCCUCCUGGCUAUCAGCAUUUUGGAGUCCAGCCGCAUCAAGCCAACUAUCCUCCAGGAUUCAGUUUUCCUUUCCAACAGGCCACGGGUGUCCCUCCUGAAAGUGGCCGUGUGAAAUGGCAGCCGUGGUGACACAGUUUUCUUUUCUUUUUCUUUUGUUUGUCUUCACCCAUGACAGUUCUGGUCUGUAUAAAAAUGCACUAACCUCA